AUGAUCUUGUGCCUCACUGGAGAGGUUCUGCCACUGGCCCCGUCCACCUCCGAGAGCCUGAAACAGACUCGCUCUGUGGUCAAUUCCCUAUUCUCUGGGGCUUUGGCUGGGGUAGUGGCCAAGACUGCAGUGGCUCCCUUGGAUAGGACAAAAAUCAUCUUCCAAGUGUCUUCAGCAAGAUUUUCAGCCAAGGAGGCCUAUAGGCUGAUUUACCGCACAUACCUGAAAGAUGGCUUCUUCAGUUUGUGGCGGGGAAAUUCAGCCACUAUGGUACGAGUCAUUCCCUAUGCUGCCAUUCAGUUCUGUGCACAUGAGCAGUACAAGGCACUGCUGGGAAGACAUUAUGGAUUUCAGGGGAAAGCUCUUCCUCCGGUGCAGAGGUUUCUGGCUGGGUCAAUGGCUGGGACAACUGCUGCUAUGCUAACAUAUCCUCUGGACAUGGUACGCGCCAGAAUGGCAGUCACACCAAAAGAGAUGUACAGUAACAUCUUGCACGUAUUUGUACGUAUAUCCCGCGAAGAGGGAUUGAAAACAUUGUAUCGAGGCUUUGCCCCCACUUUGUUGGGAGUGGUGCCUUAUGCUGGUCUGAGUUUCUUCACCUAUGAAACACUAAAGAAGCUACAUGCAGAGCACAGCAUGCGGGCACAGCCCUACUCCUACGAGCGUCUGGCCUUUGGUGCGUGCGCGGGGCUGAUAGGGCAGUCAGCCUCUUACCCUCUGGAUGUGGUUCGGAGACGCAUGCAGACAGCGGGAGUCACUGGUCACACUUACGGCACCAUACUGAGCACGAUGAGGGAGAUUGUGGCCGAGGAAGGGGUCACUCGAGGACUCUACAAGGGUCUCAUCCCUCCGGUGGCCAGGAGAGGGAGAUGCGGGAUCGUGCUGAUGCUGAGGCGGACAGAUGGAGCCAACACAGUCCACUAA